UUAUGUCCUGCAGACAUCCAGCAGCUGUUGGUGGUAGAAGAAGAGCUUCUCCCGUCCAGUGUGGACCAGGAGGACCCAGAGCCCCCACACAUUAAAGAGGAGCAGGAGGACCCAGAGCCCCCACACAUUAAAGAGGAGCAGGAGGAGCUGUGGAGCAGUCAGGAGGGAGAGCAGCUUCAAGGUCUGGAGGAGGCUGAUAUCACCAAGUUCCCAUUCACUCCUGUCCCUGUGAAGAGUGAAGAUGAUGAAGAGAAACCUCAGUCCUCACAGCUUCGUCAAAGACUAACUGAACAGAUGGAAACAGAAGCUGAUGGAGAGGACUGUGGAGGACCAGGACCAGACAGGAACUCACAUCCAGAUACACAUUUACAACCAGAGACUGAGGACAAGACUGGAGACUCUUCUGAACCUGAGAUUGAAGUCAGUGUUGAUGAUUGCAAGGAGACCAGAGAACCUCAGUCAGGUUUAAACUCUCUGAAAAAUAAUCAAGUUCCUGUCAGUGAGAAACCAUUCAGCUGCUCUGAAUGUGGGAAAAGAUAUGGCGUCAAGAAAAAUCUGAAAAGACACAUGAUAACUCAUUCAGGAGAGACACCAUUCAGUUGCUCUGAGUGUGGGAAAAGAUUUGGCUUCAAUAAAGCUUUCAAUGAGUGUGGGAAUCUAAGGAGACACAUGAUAACUCAUACAGGAAAGAAACCAUUCAGCUGCUCAGUUUGUGGUAAAGGUUUCAGCGAAAAUGCAAAACUGAAGAUACACAUAAGAACUCAUACAGGAGAGAAACCUUUCAGUUGCACAAUGUGUGAUAAAGCUUUUAAUGAGCAAUGGAGUCUAACAAGUCACAUGAGAUCUCAUACAGGAGAGAAACCAUUCAGGUGCACAGAGUGUGGGAAAGCUUUCAGUACAAGUGGCACACUGCAUUCCCACAGGAGAACGCAUACAGGAGAGAAACCAUACAGCUGCUCAGUUUGUCACAAAUCUUAUACACAGAGUGGUAGUUUAUCCAAACACAUGAAAUCCCACAAA